UUUUGAUGUAAUGGCGUGAUAAUAAAAUUUGUUUUUUAUUAAGUUUUUACGAAUAUAACUUCAUUAAUGUUGAGGCCAAGUUAAGACGCUAACAAUGAUCAGUACAAAGGGUAGGAUGCUGGCAAUUCGUAGUCGUACCCUAUUUGCAAUUAUAACUCACAGCGAAUUUUUUUGUCACGUUUUUGUGAAACCUAACUUUUGGUAGGGUGUCUUGCCGGUGUUUUUGUUAAUUGAGACUUUGCUCCACUAUCAAGGCCAUUGAUAUAUAGAAGUGCAUACAAUGGGGUCUUCAAACACAAGUCACUGUGAAGAUUACACUGUAUUGCCAGUUCACCAGCAUGGUUCUCUUAUGGGAAAUGUUUGUGUACUCCUCAAUGAAGAGUGGCCCAGGAGUACUACAGCCAGGAUGCGGACUCUGCAGGCCUCUUGUGAGGAGUUCCCUGCCUGCCUGGCGCUGGUGGAACAGUCUCGACCCGACACGGUCGUCGGCCACGCCAAGCUGUCUCCAGUGCCGGACCGGGACGACGCUCUGUUUGUCGAGUCUGUGGUUAUAUCGCCAAAACUACGGGGCAGAGGCCUAGGCAGGCAUCUGAUGCAGCUAGCAGAAGAGUAUGCUGCCAGCCGCGGCUGCCGUCAGCUCUACCUGAGCACACACGACAAGCAGCGGUUCUACGCGCGGCUGGGCUACACUCCGUGCGCGCCGGUGGCCACGUUCGGAGGCAGUCGGCGACUGCUGAAGACAGCCGAGGCAGGCUCACCGCGUAUCACCAGUCCUACCACUGACCGAACUGCAGCGAGCGGACCGCCCACCGCCCCUGCACCGCCUCCGCCACCGCCAGCGGGGGGCGGUGGCCCACCUCCACCCCCACCGCCCCCACCGCCCGCACCGACCGGUAAGCGACCAGCGCAGGACCAACCCAAGAAGGAGUUCAUGAUGAAAAUGCUGGCGGAUUGAUGCUGGGAUGCCGCGACUAGGUAAUUCGGAGGGAAGACGUCUUCCCAUAACUCAUAGGUUGUUCCUACUGUUGUCUGUUAUUGGACUGAGUGUUACCCCUCGUGCGCUUUCAGAGGGUGCCUUUUUAGGUGCGCCUGUGCGUUUUUACGGUGUAAUUAUGUGAAGUUGAAUCACGUAACAUUCGUUAUUUGGGUAAUUUAUGAAUCUGGAUUAAUAAGAGAUGCUAACAGCAUAUCGUGCUUGGCAUUUAAAUUCUCUUCAAUGAUAGUACACUAAAUUGUCUUUGCAAUUUACAACAGGAAGGCAGGGAAACUAUUAUUCAUGGCUGGUGUGGUCCUCCGCUGUGGUCUGUUACGUAAAUGUGCCACUUGGACUGUGAAGUGUGCAGUGCCAAAUUAUUACUAAGGCCGGAGUCGUUUAAGCGUUUUUAUAUUUUACUGUUUUGCAUUGCUCAAUGUCCCACUUUUCUACUCAUUUUUAUGUGUGUUAUACUAGUCGUGUCCAUUUCUAGUCGCCCUAACUAGGCCAAUAGUCAGGUCAGUCAGCAAGCAAAUGGGUUGCUAAUCCCCUUUAUAGUCAUUGUUUUUAACGACCAGAUUUCAAUACAAAUUCUGCGAAAAUGGU